AUUUGUUUUACUACCCCUGUCAAAAAUCAAUGGUCACAAGUGUAAGGGUGUAUUUCUGGACUCCUAAUUUCAUUCCGUUGACUUGUAUGUCAGUCCUUAGCACACUACCUCACCAUCUUGAUUCCUGUAGCUCUGCAGUAAGUUUUUAUAUCAGGGAGUGUGAGUCAAUCCGAGCCCACACCCUAUCCACUUCCCCUCCUGCCCUGUGAGCCUUGGGACAAAAUCAACACUGUGUUUCCUUCUGCGUAGAAGGCCUUCCCUUCUUGACCUGGUGAAUUAUCGGUUACCCCUAGCCCGGCUCAAACUUCCCAAUUUCUUGGAGCCUCUCUAGUCGUAUGGUUAUCUCCCUUCUGUGUUUCCUACCUUUGUAGCAAACCACAAAGCCACCCACUGCACCAAAGUUCUAGGCUUUUCCAUCCAGCUCCUCAAGGUACAUGAAGUAACCUCCUUCAUCUUGGUAUUGCCAGCACCCAGUACAAGGCUUGGCACCAAAGGGCCACUCAGAGAAAUUGAAGCAUAAAUGGGUGAAAGGUCUGGGACCCAUGGAGGAGAUGGGUGUGCGACGGGACAACUCCAAGGGGACUCAACCUAGGAGGAGCUUCCAGGUUUCACUGAAUAGUCAGUGGCAGCUCAACAGGUUGAGUCUUAGCUCUGGAAUUUAGAAUGAUGAUUAGAAACAUACACAGACCACUUCUUGGCGGCAUUGUCACAAGUGCCACCAUGGGAAUUUAGAAAGCCAGGGUGUGACAAAGCAAGAGAAGGUUAUGUUGGGGGUGGGAGGCAACUGUAUACAGCUGUGUCCUCUUCAGAGACACCACAGCCCUGCUUUGGGAGGCCUCUGCUUUCAGGUCCAGUCCCAGAUGCUACUUGGCCAACUUGAAUUUAACCCAAAGGUCCUCCAGUAUUUUUUCACAUAAAUCCAACUAAGAAGCUCCUGUAGAUGACAAUGGACAUGCACCCUUAGGAUGAAACGGAGCUAGCACACCCUCCCCCAGGGGCCCAGUUUGCUACAUGGUACUGCAUAUCUUCAUGUCGCCACAGCCGCAAAGAAAUGUGGAAUCAAAGGGGGUAGGCCAAAAGCCAAGAUGUGGGCUCUGAUCUAGGGGAAUUUUCCAGCCAGAGUAGAGCCAAGUAGAGCCGAGUAGAGCCCCUUUACCUUUCUCGUCUCCUGAGACCCGGACACUGCCAACCAGUGCUCCCCUGAAGCAGAAGCCCAGUUCAGCCCUGAGGCUCCGAGCCUGGUGGAGAAGAACACACACUGUAGUUUCCUUUUCACAAGAUCAACUCAGGCUGCAAACAUCCACUAAACCCCAUUCUUGUCCCAGCCCCGCCCCCCACACUCUGCCAGUGGGCAACAGCCAUCAGUAGCAGUAAAGGGUUUAUUUUUCUUUUUAUGUUUUUAUUUUUAAAGACAGGGUCUCACUCUGUUACCCAGGCUGAAGUGUAAUGGUGCAAUCAUAGCUCAUUAUAGCCUUGAACUCCUGAGCUCAAGGGAUCCUUCCAUCUUGGCCUCCCCCCAGUAGCUGGGACCACAGGCAUGUGCCACCAUGCCUGGCUAAUUUUUAUCUAUCUGUCUGUCUAUCUAUCUAUCUAUCUAUCUAUCUAUCUAUCUAUCUAUCUAUCUUAGUAGAGACAAGGUCUGUGUUGCCCAGGCUGAUCUUGAACUCCUGGCUUCAAGUGAUCCUCCCACCCUGGCCUCCCAGAGCGCAGGGAUUCCCGGCAUGAGCUACUGCACCCAGCCAGCAGCUAAGGGUCGAAAUGUGCCGAGUGCUCUUUCUAUGCCAGGCCUGCGCUGGGUGCUUGAUAUGUGUCACUCCUUUUCAUUUUUGCAGCAUCCCUAGAAAGUGACACAUUGACCUUCCUUUACAGAUGAGGAAACUGAGGCUCAGAGAGGUAUCUUUAGAGGGUCCUUAAUAAGCAGCCAGGAUGGGAUCUCAGGCCUCACUGGCUCCAGCUGAGCCCUGGGCUGGGCUGUAGUGUUUUCUCCCAAGCCAGGCAGUCCAACAGAGUCCACACUAGCAGCAGAGCCUGGGGGACCAGCUAGAGAUCGUGGCAUUCCUGAAUGUGGCCGAGAUUGUUCCGCUUUAGGUCUGAACCAGGAAUCAAGGGGCAAGGUAGCCUCUUACCUUCAAAGGGUUGGGCUCUCCCCAGGGGAGGGGACUACAGGUGGCACCAGAAGGACCCCACUAAACACAGCAUAAGAGGGACUAGCUGCCCAAAAGAUGCUGGGAAGUGAAACUCAAGAAGCCGUGCACUGGAUCUGGGCAGGGAGGGGCCAACGAGCAGCGAGGGAGCCCAGUCCAAAGGCCCUUGCUCUGUCUGGGUUACAGAUUUAGGAUGAGAACGGAAAGUGCCCCCCAGGCUUUCUUUCUGUGGCCUCAGCUCCAUCACUGCAGCUGACAGCUUUAUGUGCCUGUGUCUGCUGAGUGGGAGCCCAGCCAGGGAGCGGUCCAAUAAAUUAAGCUCUAAAUCACAGUUGCCUCCUUCCGGCCAACAGCCAGAAGCUCCCAGAGAGCUCCAGGGUUUCUGAGCUCAGCACACAUGGCUCCGACUUAGCAGCUUCGGGGAACUGUCCCUGGGGAGUAAGCCAGGGCCAGAGACACACUUAACUCCUGUGGUUAGAAUAACCCUGUGCCCUGGGGCCUGUGGAAGCUCUGCCACGGCCAGGUUGGUCCCCAAGACACCAGAGAGCAUCUGCCUAGAGAGAAACAAGUGCCCCUCCCCUGCAUGUACUCUGCAUAUACCCAGACCUGAUGCCCAGAAACUCCAGCCACUUGGGACAGUGGAAGAUGCCCAGGCCAUGAAUUCAAGUGGAACUAGCCACUGUUCCUUACCCCUCACUUGCCUGCUGUGUGACUCUGGGUAAAUUGCUCUGCCUCUCUGAGCUGUGGUUUGCUCAUAUAUAAAGUAGAGCUGCUAGUAGCAAUUGGGGUUGAGAGGAUUCAGUGUCUAGUCCGUAUCAAGGGUGCUCACCAGAUGUACCCUCCCUUCUCAGGAUGGCAAACAAAGACUCCUCAUUUCCCACACAAGACCCCCACCUCUGGUGUCAUCUGAAACCCCACAGGAGGUAUCCUCGGCAUCUGGUUUAUGGCAGACAGUGAAAUGGCAGGGACGGGACAGUGGGACAGGUCUGUGGGGUGGGAGGGGGCGAACGGCCUCACCAGUGAAUCCAGAGGAGGGGCUGGGCACUGGCGAUGCAGGCCCAGAUGACGCAGCAGCGCGUUCGCACUUUAACCAGCCACAGAGACCACCACCUCCAGACCCAGCCCUAUUGCGCAAGGUCGUCAGUGGCUCCAGGAGAGGUGGGAGCGGCAAUGGGAGGGGAUUAGCACCAGCUCCACUCAGCAGGCCUGAGCUGGCCUUUGUCCCUCUGGACUCCCCCAGAGCCCAGAGCAGACAGGAGCUUAGGUCCUGAAUGGGAUGGCUGGAUGGGCCUCCUCCCAGCUGUCCCUCCACCCAACCAUCCCCACAGCAAGCCACUGGACUUGGUCCCCUCUGUCCCCUGCCCCUAGAGUUCCUGGCUACAGAUCUGAGGCUGGCCUUCUCUGAAACUGCCUUUUAGCCUCUCUGUUCACAGCCUCAGCUCUCUGCCCUUAAUAUGCAGAAAAUGUCACAUAUUCCAGGACACAACCUUGAAUUGUUCACUUCCCUGGGUGAUCCCUGCCACGUUUCCCAUGUCCCUGAGCCCCGAGUGCAUGUACAAUGAUGGAAGUUUCCAGAAGCUUGAGCCUCUGGGUAUCAGGCAGACCUGGCUGGGAUCGAUGUCCUAGUGACCCCAUCCAUCACGCGCAGAUACAAAGGCUAGGUCUGACAUUGCGCUGGCAUUGAGAAUGCUGACUUUGUGGUCUUGGCUUUUCAGAAUAUCUGUCAUGAACCUUUAGUUCUUUUAUAAAUGGGGUAGGGGAGAGGAGCUUUAGUGUGUGUGGAUGUAGAUUGGGACGGCCAUGCCUUGAUGAGUAAGUUCCUUCCUGGCUCAAGAAGCCCGGUGCCCUCCCUUUGCAAUUACUGGGGCAGUCCUGGCAUCACUUCUAGGGGCAAGAAUCUGUGACCAGAGACCCCAUCCCAGGACACUGGUCCCAAUGGCCACCCAAGUUUUCAAUAAUCAAGGCUUCCCAAGGUGUACAAGGAGGAGAAUUAGCACAGUCUCUAUGGAAAUUAAUCCCCAAGAACCUGCUGAAGUUAAAACUCUACUUUCCCUCUGCCCCGAAGGUCUGGAAAGGCUUUGGGAGUAAGGCGUUUGCUAAGGCGCGGCGUGUGGUGGCGAAACACUGUAAACAGCCCAAACAGACACCGGAGGAAAGUGGGAAUAGCCUGUGGGCCUUCCCCAGCCUGGACUUCCAUGCGGCCACUGAAAGAAUGACUUCCAGCAAUGUUGGCAUGGCCUGGAGGGACUCCCAAGCUACAGGGAAGCUGCAAAGGCGAGCUGAGGGGCGCAGUGUGCUGAGAAUGAGGCCUUGGUUUGUAAAGAGCUGUGUUAAGAGCCUGCACUCUAUCCAUGUCACGUAUCGCGGUGAGCGGGUCCCCCACACCUUCCUCCACUGUGUCCGCUCCAGCAUCUUCUUGCAGUGCCUCAUGGGCUGGAUCAGUACCUCAUGGGCUGGAUCAGUGCCUCAUGGGCUAGAUCAAUGCUUUUUUUUCCUGACUCCUAUUUGGCUGCAAGGAGAAUGGCAACCUCAGCCCCAAGAUCUUCAUCCAUGUGUGCCACUUCAAGCAGCAUGUCUGGCACUGGGCCAUCCCCAGGGGGGCUGCAGGAGGUCAGAACCUGCUGCCCUCACCUUCAGUCCCUGUGGACCCACUUGACAUGGUCUGCUCGAGUGGGCCUUAAUGUGGCCCUAGCAGGUAGAGCUCCAGGUCUCAUUUGCAAACCAGGCCCCGAGUCCUGCCCACUCUUCAUGGGUGACCACAAGCUCUGAGUCCUCCUGCAUUGUAAGAAAGACACAGAGCCUGUCCUUUCCACCAAGAAGAGCCCACCCAGCAUGCGGGGGGUCAGGUACUCUGUUGGGAGGGACCCCCCAGCAAAGACCAAAGGAUAGGCCUGGAGCCCAGUUCCCUGUGGCUUUCUCUCUAAAUUCUCCUCUCUUUGUCUCUUUCUCCGGAGGAGGAGAGGGUGGUGCCUGGGACUCAGGGGGUGCCUCUGUCACUGUGUUCAAGGGCGAGGCCCUCUGGAUCUUCAGGUGGAAAUAUUAGGAAGAAGGAGGAUUAGAACCAGAGGGACUCUCGUCUGAAAAGGAGGAUGCCUAGGAAUGUGAGACAGCUGUGGCCAGAGAGCUGAAGGGACCCCGGAUUCCAUGGGGCCACGGGGGCCAGCUCAGCAACAGGCAGAUCUUCAGGGAAACACCUCCACGGGCUCCGCUGCUGCGAGGAAGGGGCCUUGGAAGAGCUGGGAGCCCCUGUCACAGCCACAUCCAAGGGCAUCUAUGCCCAUGCCCUUGACUGCGUUAUCUUUUCCCAGUUGGUUAGACAGUGGUCUCCCCGAUGAGGCUUAUAUACCCAGGUCAUUUAAGAAGUUGAUCUUGGCUGGGCACCGUGGCUGACACCUAUAAUCCCAGCACCUUGGGAGACUAAGGCAGAAGGAUUGCUUGAGCCCAGGAGUUCAAGACCAGCCUGGGCAACAUAGUGAAACCCAGACCCUAUCUCUAGCUGGGCACAGUGGCUUGCACCUGUAUUCCCAGCUACUCAGGAGGCUGAGGUGGGAGGAUCACUUGAGCCCAGGAGGUCAAGGCUCCAGUGAGCCAUGAUUGUGCCACUGCACUCCAGCCUGGGAGAAAGAAGAAGACCCUUUUUUAAAAAAAAUAAGUUGAUCAUGAAGAAGGCAGGGUGGAUGGCCAGCCCCACUGUGCCCAGGCAAGGCUGCGGGUGAGAGCCUGGCAGGGUAGCGGGGGAGCUGCAGUGCCCCAUGCACCGCCAUGUCCACAGAGGGCACAGCUCUUCCCUGUGCUGCUGCCGGCCCUGACCCAGGACAUGAGGGGCUAAGCCCCAGCUACCCACCUCCCCUCUCGGCGUUCUUGUUCCAGCAGCGCAGUGACUGCAGUGCACUCAGAGUUUUCAGAUAAAGUUCUCCCUUUUCAGUCUGUUUGAUUCUCAUAGAAACCCAACAAGCAAGAUAAGGCAUCCUGAGCCUGUCGAACAGAUAGGAAAGUGAAGGUCUCUCAGAGGGGACAGAACUUAUGUGUUAAUUAGCAGUGGAGCUGAGGCCAGAGCCGCCUCCGCUACUGAGGGAGGAGGCCCCCUACCUCCUACCUUGCAGACCUCCACCUCUACCAUCCAGAUGACAAGGAGAGUAAAGGGAGAUAAAAUCCCAAAGAACUGGAAUCAGUGGUCAGGUGACUUGCUGACACCACUGGCCAGGCCAUAAUGAGGUCCAAAGGCUGGGAAGGUACUUCCUUUUCAGUUCCCAGCGUUUAUGCUAACUAUAAACCUUGAAAGUGUGGCAAAGAAUGUUGCUCUUACCCCCCAGAUCCUGCUACUACUGGGUCACGUCCUCCACGUUUACAGGAUCCAGACCCCCUCCUGGAAAUACCUCUGCCAACUAAUGAUUUACUGCCUUUGUCCCCUGCCCAUUCCCACACGUGCCACAUAUGAACUAGCAGAUCACUGAAGCCAAAGACUGUAAGGGCAAUUGUCCAGCCAAUGGACAAUGACAUAGUUUCACCUCAGUUUCUCCUUCAGAGCUGUAAGCCUAAAAAAGGCAGGGGGGAGUUCGGUACUUGCGAUGUAAGCUCAGUACUUGCGACCUAAGCUUUUCGAGGAGUUCUGUACUUGCAACGUAAGCUCGGUACUUGCGACGUAAGCUCGGUACUUGCGACGUAAGCUCGGUACUUGCGACCUAAGCUUUUCGAGGAGUUCUGUACUUGCAACGUAAGUUCGGUACUUGUGACGUAAGCUCGGUACUUGUGACGUAAGCUCAGUACUUGCGACGUAAGCUCGGUACUUGCGACGUAAGCUCGGUACUUGCGACGUAAGCUCGGUACUUGCGACCUAAGCUUUUCGAGGAGUUCUCUACUUGCAACGUAAGUUCGGUACUUGCGAAGUAAGCUCGGUACUUGCGACAUAAGCCCACAGAGACUCCACGGCCGAUUAAAGGUCUCUUCCUUCCCCACUCUAGUGUCUGAGGGGUUUUGUUCACAGAUUGUCCUGCCGGUUGCAGUGGAAACAGGGAGGCCAAUGCUGCAUUUUAACAUCCCCCAUCUUUACUGUCCAAGACGCUCCUCCAUUCUAUCGGGGUCUCCACAUUGUGUGUGAGUGUCGGGCGCACAGGUUUGUCUCAGGGUCCGAGUGUCACACAUGCAGGCUCCUGGACACAGCGGUGCCUGGCCUGCAGCCCUGCUGACAUGCCGGUCCUGGGACCAGGCCCAUUGCAUCUGGUUGUUUCUACAGGCACCACACUGUACCCCAAAGGACUUUGAGAAAAUGUAUCCUGCCUUCCCAAAGUUCUGUGUCAUCUGAGAAAAGCUGGAACCCACUGUGAUGUUCUUUGUAACUGGAGGUGUUCUGAACUCAGAGCAGAAAACAAGCCACCCCACCCCUCCCAGACCACUUAUAUGAGGGUGGAGCCCCAGCGUCCCAUUAGCCCAAUGAUGGGGGAGGAGAUGUCCCCUCCAAACCCCACAGUGAUAAGCUGGGUCCUGGAUAAGGGCUCCCUUUAUCCUCCCAAUCCCCCCAGCUGGAGGUGGCCUGGCACCCACACCCCUGUUUACAUCUUGAACACGCACCCCAUCCUGCAAUCGUCUGCAAUCACCACAUCCUGUUUUCCCAGGAGAAAGAGGGGCUCUGAUACGUUAUGUUUGUCUAAGAGGUCAGGGGUUCAGUCACUCAUAGAUUCCACCUGGGUGUGGAAAUAAAAUUCCCAGGGUCUGUAGCCUUGUGGGUUCCCUCUCCAGCCCUUUUUGGAAGGGGGCCCUUUGGCAACUGUUGGGGCACAGGAGUGGUGUGCACCCUGCUCUGAUUUCUCUUACCCUUGAGGGUCUCCAGGAGCUCAGGUGAGAGCCCACCUGCCUGGGGCUGCCCUCUCCCAGCAGGGUCUGCCUGGACUUCAGCCCUCCCAUAACCUGACCAGCAGCAUGUCUGUUUCAGGGGUGUUUGGGGAACGGGACUCUUAUCACCUUUUUUUUUUCCUCACCUUCUUAAUAAAGACCAAGAAUUGAUUACCCCCCUGUCCCCUCCUCUGCACCUCCAGGGUCAUUUUUGGGAGCAAGAGGCUCACUGAUUACCCCAGAAGGCUUCCCUCCUAGGAUGACCAGUCUUGGACUUGCCUAGAAAAUGUUUUUCAUAUCCCUUUUUUCAAAUGUAGUUUCAGUUUGCCUCUAACCUGCCAUGCCUUGCAGACUUCAUGGAGCGCAUUCCUUGAUCAUCUGCCAUGCAUCAAGUGCUUGAGGGGAAUGAAAAGAACCUUAGGGCAGGUUCCUGCUCUCAAGAAAUAUAGAUUCCAAUCAUUUAUCUCAUGAGGGAUUAAUUCCAGAAUACAUUGAGAAUUCCUACAAUUCACCAACGAAAAUACAAAUGACCCAAUCCGAAAGUGGGCAAAAGAUUUGAAAUAGACAUUUCUCUAAAGAAGAUAUACAAAUGAUAUUUUAAAAAGCACAUUGAAAGAUGCUCCACAUCACUAGUGUUUAGGGAAAUGCAAAUAAAACCAAUGAGAGACCAUUUCACACCCUGUGAAUCAAUAUUAAAACAACAACAACAGAAAAUAGCAAGUGUCUCAUGAAGAUAUGGAGAAACUGGAACUCUUGUGCUUUGGGGUUUCCCUCAAAGCACAAAUGUAAUGGAAAUGAAGCAGAAAUGUAAAACAGGGCAGGCAUUAUAUAAAAUGGCACAGUGGUUCCUCAGAAAAUUAAACACAGAAUUCCCUUAUGAUCCAGAAAUUCUACAUCUGGGUAUAUACUCAAAAUAACUCUGUCCGCCCCUGUGCGGGGGGAUUCAGGGUGGCCCCUGGUGGCAGCUGUCUGAACCCAGGUGAGGCAUACAGGAGGACACCAAGCCCCGGCCUCCAACCUCAAACCUGCUAGUCUCAUGUUAAAGUGAUGAGGAAUGGCACAGAGAUGAGAGCCAACCCCCAGGGAGGCACCAGGGCAGUUGCUGAAAAGGAAGAGUUCACUACAGGACAGCUGGUUUCAAACUGGAAGGGAUGUCUCUGAGUCCCCUGCCAGGAAGUUCUUAUCCUUAGGUCUGCGGUUGCUAUUUUAUUUGUUCAUUUUUUGAGAUGAAGUCUUGCUCUGUCACCCGGGCUGGAGUUCAGUGGUGUGACACUGGCUCACUGAAACCUCCACCUCCUAGAUUCAAGUGAUUCUCCUGCUUCAGCUUCCGAAGCAGCCUGGAUUCCAGAUACCCACCACCACACUCAGCUAAUUUUUGUAUUUUUAGUAGAGACAGAGUUUCACCAUAUUGGUCAGGCUGGUCUUGAACUCCUGACCUCAAGCGAUCCACCCGCCUCCGCCUCCCAAAGCACGGGGGUUACAAGGGUGAACUACUGUUCUGGUCAAGUCUGCAGUUACUAGAAUGAGGCCAAAGUUGGGAGUUAUUCUCAAAAUGGAAGAAUAGAAGACAGAAGAGUAGCUAUGUGCACCCUAAUCCCCAGGGCCAGGUGGGGCCUUGAGUCAGUAAAAAGGAAGAACUUCAAGGCAGUAUCUCAGCAAAAAUGCACUAAACACUGGAGCCUGGCAUAUCUUAGUUUCCACCCUGGUUUUCCUCCCCAUGUAGCAGGGCUUUUCAGAGAUCAACAGAAGUCCAGACAUUUCCAGAAAAUUCUAAAACAGACUCAUUGAAAUUUUGGUUUGUUUAAAAUUUUUGACACACACAGAGUCAGAUGAUAUGCAGUGCUUGAGGUCACUGCAAUUACAGUUUUAAAAACCAAUACCACCAGGCGUGGUGAUACACACCUGGAGUCCCAGCAACUAGGGAGGCUGAGACAGGAGGAUCACUUGACCCUAGGAGUUGGAGGCUGCAGUGAGCUGUGAUUGCACCAUAGCACUCCAGCCUGGACAACAGGGCAAGACCUCGUCUCUGUUUAAAAACAAACAAGCAAACACACAUAGCUCAUAUUCUCUAAGCACGUGGGGUGGUGAUGGGCACAGGUUUCAAUGUGGAAAACAAACACCUUCCUCUGACAGCGUCAGUGCGUCUCCAUGGUUUCAUACUCAUGAAGUCACUUGUAAAUAUGUCAGAGUCUUAUGAAUGUGAGGCUGGAGGAAGUGUCCCCCUGUCACCCCCUCCUCGUGAUGGUACUUAAGGAUGGGGGCAAGUCUUUAUAGGAUUGGGCACCUGAGCGGGACUGGGGGUGAAGGUGGGGUCCUGGAAGAAUGUCUGGUACCAGCUCAAGGCCAUGGUCUUUGUCUCUCUGGGUGCUAGUGGCAACAAAUGAGGACAGGCAGGUAGUGCUGUGCGUCUCCCUGUCCCCUUUCCUACCCUGAGGAAGUCCCCACCCUGCCUUGGGCUGGACCAAAGCUAGGUCGUGGCAGGUGUUGGAGGCCCAGUGAAUGAGCCCUUGGUGUGACAUGGUGGGGGCGGGGCAGGAGGAGCUGUCCACACUCCGAUGCGGCCCAGCCAACACUGAGCGAUGCUGUCAUCUAGGAGGAUUAUGACCGAGGGGCUGGGAUUACAGAUUAACCAGGUCAGCAUAAGAGAAGAGCAAACCGAGAGUUCAUUAUUAACCUUGUAAAUGUGUCCCCCAGACCUGGCCUUCGCUGCCAUCACAUCGGCUGACUUAGUAAUCAUUGGUUCUGUAAUAAGCCAUGGAGACCCAAGUCCUCUUAGCAUUGUCUCUAGAACUACUGGGUUCUUCUGGAGUUUGCCACUAUCCUAUUUUCUAGUGGGGCCCUGUGACCCCCAGAGUCAGACCUGGGUUCAUUCCUAGCUUCAGCACUUACCAGUGACACAACUGCAAAAAAGUGUUCCCUGUUCUUCCCACCGCCCAGCCUCUCUCACAGUGACCUCCCCCCGGGUCGCAGGAUGCGUCAGCCUUAGCCUCGCCUGUCACUAUGGAUGACAGCUCCUGAACCAGUUUACUGUGGAGGCUCAGCUUGUUUGAAGGCACAAACAUGAAACUUUUAUUCAUUCUCAGUGGUGUUCCAUCACCUGCUAACAUCUCAAGCAGAAUCUGUUACCUCCACAUAACUCCACAGUGAACAGAACAAGCACUCUGCUUGAGAAUGUCAGGCAUUUCCACAUCAGAGUGCUUUGCCUCUUUCUCUGCUACCACCAAUUCUGUACCAGGACUCUGCUCUGCACACCCAGUUGGCUUCCUGGCUCCCAUCCCUUUCCUACUCCGGGCCACUUCACAGUGAUGGAUGGGCUACCCAGAAGUCCCUUCAACAGCCUCUGUGGGCCGCAAAGAUUUGGGGUGUGUGCUCCCACAUUCUGGCCUUCCUAAUCACAAGACACUUAUCUGAUGCAGGCAGUUCCAGGAAGCCUUUGUAAGCCUUGGAGAUAAAUAUGGGAACCUAGUGAGAUUAUGUGAAGCCAUUGGCUCAGGGCCACUGUGUACAGUUGUGCAAGCUGUGCACUGCACGACUCCAGUGCCGUUUCACCUUGUAUCCACAAGAGAUUGUAACUUACUACAAUUUUCUGGCAGAUGACACUCAUGUCAACACGGGCUCAGCAGGGUUGGUGCUGCCUGCCUUUACAAACAGAUGUCAAAGCCCUCUCUUCUCAGCAGAUCAAGCCCUGCUCCUUCUUUGCCACAAGAGUCUUAGAAGCCAGAAGCUGAGAGCUCAGCGUCCGCAGUCUCCCAGCCAGAAUUAGCCUCAUCUCAUCCCCACACCUUGGUGAUGUCAUGUCCUGCCUCAGUCUUUCCAGCGCCUCAGGUUGGAACCAACCUGGAUGGACAGACAUCUAAGGACCCCCAAGCCCAGGUCACUGUGCAGAGAAGGGGUCCCAGGAAGCCUCAGAGCCAGCUUCAGGAUCUGCCUUUCAGGUGCUAGUAUAUGAGAGUAUUUUUUAAAAACUCUAAAACACUGGAUAUAAAGGCUGGGUGUGGUACUCAUGCCUGUAAUCCCAGCACUUUGGGAAGUCAAGGUGGUGGAUCACUUGAGGUCAGGAGUUCAAGACCAGCCUGACCAACAUGGUGAAACCCUGUCUCUACUAAAAAUACAAAAAUCAGCCAGAAAUGGUGGUCCGUGCUUAUAGUCCCAGCUACUCAAGAGUCUGAGACAGGGAGAACUGCUUGAACCAAGGAGGUGGAGGUUGCAGAGAGCUAAGAGCACACCACUGCACUCCAGCCUGGGCAAUAGAGCGAGACUCUGUCUCAAAAAAAAAAAGAAAAGAAAACCAACUGGAUAUAGUGGAUAUAGUGACUGCCAGAGUCUAGCAACUUAACAAUGGAAAAGAGAAAGUAACUUUUGAAACAUAGUGUGACGUAUACUUUACAAUUAUGAUCACUUACACAAAUACCUCUGACCCCGUAAUCUUAGUUAAUGUAUGUCAUUAAGUGAAUCACACUGACUUUACUCUGAAUUUCCUUGAUAGCAAUACUAAAAUACUUACCUUGAACAUGGGAAAUUAAGCUCUAAGUUUGUUGCUUAUAACUUCAAAGAGAGUUGCCCCUUGGCAGUGACAUAAGAAUAUUCUAAGCUAUGAAUUUACAUGUGGACUUUGCUACACACCUGGGAUGUAGCUAGAUGAGUUUUGUUCCGUUGCAGUAUAUCUGAUGACCAGAACUCUGUAAUCAGAGACUAUUAAUGGAUGAAAAGCCUGAGCUUUAAGAUUGAGACUGGGAGAAAACUGCCUCCUCACUAACUGGCCGACCCCAUAAUGCCACCUCAAGUGGUCAUCUUAAGCCUCAUCCUACUUCUGGCAGAUGCCUUAGUUUCUCUACAGGUUGGUGGAGUGGCAGGUCCAUCUACCAUGCUACCCUGCAGCUACAGGGGAGAUGUCACAUCCAUGUGCUAGAAUAGAGACAGGUGUUCUUUACUUAGAUGCCCAAAUAGCAUUAUCUGGACCAAUGGAACCCAUGUCACCUAUCACUGUGCUGUAAACUAUAUGCUGUAAACUAUGGGGGAUCUUUCCAAAAGGGAUGUCUCUUUGACUUUAGAAAAUACAUCUUUGUCUGACAGUGGCUUGUAUUGUUGCCAUGUUGGGCACAAGGUAUAGUUCAAUGACAUGAAAAUCACUGUAUCAUUGGCGAUGGUACCACCCAGGGUCACAACUACUCCAAUUGUCACGAUUGUUCCAACCUUCACAACUGUUCGAAUGAGCACCACUGUUCCAACGACGAUGACAGUCUCUUCCUUUGCUCCCCCAACGCCAUCGCCCACACAGAACCAUGGACCAGCUACUCCGCCUUCUUCACCUCAGCCAACAGAAACCCACCCUGCAAUGCUGCAGGAAGCAACAAGGACACAGCGUGCCGGCUCGCCACUGCACUCCUACACAACCAAUGGGAAUGACACCGUGACAGAGUCUUCAGAUGGCCUUUGGAAUAACGAUCAGACUCAGCUGUCCCCGGCACAGAGUCCACAGAUGGCCACUCCUACUAAGGGAAUCUGUGCUGGAGUCUGUAUGCCUGUCUUGGUGCCUCUUGCUCUUUUGGGUGUCAUCAUUGCCAAAGCUUUUCAUUUAGGAGGCUUCAAAUUAAAGCUUUGCAAAAUGCAGUUAAAAAGGAAGUCCAAGCAGAAGACAGUGUCUAUGUUGAGAAUAACCUUUAUGCCACCGACUCAGACCCAGUGGUGUUCUUCAGGAGCCUCUGCCCAUGACUGCCCGUGACAGAACGGACAUCAGCGUAGCAGACGUCAUUUAGACUCUAAGACGGUUUUUCUAUUGCAGUUUCAUUUGGCUUUCCACCAUGUCAGUGAUAGCGGAUAGAGUCACUCUCUAGCUCGAAACAGUGUGGAGUCAACCCUCAUCAUUAAUGCAGUCCUAAGUUUGUGCUAAAGCUGGCUCAAUCCUGAUCACUGCAGAGUUCUGUCUCAAACAUGAACACUUUAGAAUUGUAUGUUCUCUUUAGACCCCAU